AUGGAAAACCAAUCUACAGUAAAUGAAUUCAUUCUCUUGGGAUUUGCAGAUACCAGAGAGCUACAGAUUUUACAUUUUGUGGUGUUUCUGUCCAUUUACUUGGCUGCCUUGAUUGCAAAUGUACUCAUUAUCCUAACUAUAGCUUAUGAUCAUAACCUACAAAGCCCCAUGUAUUUCUUCCUGGCCAAUUUAUCUUUGGUAGAUCUUUGCUUCAUCUCCAUAACUGUUCCUAAAUCUAUGUGUAUAUCAUUGUCAAAUAACAGAAGAAUUUCCUUCUCUGGAUGUGUUUCCCAAGUAUUUCUAUUUGUCACAUCUGCAAGUGCUGAACUGUCUUUUCUUACUAUUAUGGCAUAUGACCGCUACGUGGCAAUCUGCCUCCCUUUACAAUAUAUGAGAAUCAUGAAUUUGAAUUCGUGUCUCCAAAUGGCAGCUGCCUCUUGGAUCACUGCUUUGGUCCAUGCAAUAGUGCAAACCAUAAGCACAUUCAGGUUACACUUUUGUACUUCAAAUAUUAAACAAUUUUUCUGUGAUAUGUCCCAAUUAUGGAGGAUUUCAUGCACAGAUACAAAACUGAAUGAGUGGCUUACUUUUGCUAUUGCAGUAACAGUGGACUCGUUUUGUUUUUUCCUUAUACUGAUAUCUUAUGGAUUUAUCUUCUCAACGGUAUUCAAGAUUCAAUCAUCCCAGGGUCGGCAUAAAGUUUUCUCCACCUGCACUCCACACUUGACUGUCUUCUCUUUAUUUCUUUCAACUGCUGUAUUUUCAUACUUUAGACCACAAGCCUUGUCCUCAACUCCUGUAGAUUUGUUGGCUGCUUUCUUGUAUGUUGUUUUGCCACCAGUCAUGAAUCCCAUCAUUUAUGGUCUGAGAAACAAAGAUAUCCGUUGGGCUACAUGGAAGAUGUCAAAUAAGUGCUUUCAGUUUCAUUGGGUCAUCUCAAACACUUUCCCCCCAAAGUCUCAAGUGUUCAGCAUAGGAAAAAAAUCCACAGCAUGA